GCAAUAACAAAAAUGCAACAAACAAUUACAAAUAAAAUCAAUAUAGCAAUUAAACCUUUAAUUUUUAAUUUAACAACUACAUUAAUUAAUCAAGAUUCAAAUAAUGAAGAUAUCAAUAUUUCAAAUACUAAAAUUAUUAAGUUAAUAACUAAGUUAAUUGAAAAAGAUGCAUAUAAACUAAUUAAAAAAAUAUUAGCUUAUCUGAUUUCAGUUUGGCUCAAAAAAGGAAUUAUAAAAAUAGAUUUAUCUACUAUUAAUAUAAGGAUCUUAGAUAAUAGUCAUAAUAUAGACAAAAAAGUAAAACAUGUGAUGUUCAUAUUUGCAAUUUUAAAUUAUUUAAAAAAUAUUUUUAAACCUGAUAAUCAUCAUACUCCAAUUCUUUAUCUGAGUAUUGAAAAUUAUAAAAGCUUAGAAGUUGUAUUAAAUACUUUAAUUGCUGAUCUUAACAGUAUUAAAGAUAGUUAUAAAGAUCAACAAGAUAGACAAUAA